AUGUUCGCCUGGGGUGCCAAUAGUCAUGCUCAGCUGGGUUUAGGCUAUGCGUCGGAACAAUGCGACAAGCCACAACCAUUGACCGGCGGCGAGGGAGUGCCGUUCCGUGGAGAGGAAAUCCUCGUUGCGUCUGCUGGUGGAGGACAUACACUGAUAGGAACGACCGAUGGAAAGUUGUAUGCUUGCGGAUGGAAUAACCGUGGUCAGCUUGGAAUGGGCCAUCUGAAUGAUUGUCUCCAUUUUGAACUGGUCGGUGAAUAUGGGUUCCAACAGCUAUACGCCGGAUGGGAUGUAUCGGCCGGAAUCAAUGCAUUCGGUGAGCUGUUUGUAUGGGGAUCUAACGUUUGGCAGCAGAUAGCGGUCCCAGGAAUAAAGAAUAUUCCCACACCAACACGGCUCACGCUGCCAGAUGAAGGACGAGUUUUGAAAGUCGCUUUCGGACUACAGUAUAUGGUUGUAUUGAUGGAAAGUGGAAAAGUAUGGGUGUUGGGAAAAUGUAAAUUCCUUGCAAACGAUUACCCGGCGGAACCGGCAACGAACUUGACGAUUCGAUGCAUUUCGGACCGUGCAUCGGUUCGGGAUGUGGUUAGCGGUGACAAUCAUCUGGUAUUGGUGAUUGGUGAUCGGAAAAUUAACUGCCUCGGAGAUGGUAAACAUGGCCAGUGCUUAGAAGAUUAUACCAUACCGGAAGAUGUGAUUAAGCUCGAGUCGGGAUGGACACACUCCGGAUGUCUUACGGUGAAUGGUGCGGUAUACCUUUGGGGAAGAAACAAUUACGGACAGCUUGGACUACCGGGUCAGUUUUCUUCUCUCCCGCAAAAGCUUCGACUAGAAACGGACGAUAUGGUGGUGAAGGACUUAAGCUUGGGAUCACAACACGGAGCCGUAGUCACGAAAGAUGGACAAGUGGCUUGUUGGGGCUGGAACGAACAUGGCAAUUGCGGAACGGGAGGAACAGAAAAUGUAUGGUUCCCAACGGUAAUAGAUCUCCCCCGGCCCGUAUCGAAAGUGGUUUGUGGUGCUGGUUUUACGAUGGCAUUCACGUAACAACGUACAACCAUAAUUCAUUCUUCA